AGGGAUAACAUGCAGGGUGACUCAGAGACUACUAGAAAGGUCAUCGAGGGUGUAGGGCUUACGUGUGAUGAGGAUGAUUUGUGCAUUGCACAGUAUGUUGCUGGUCUAAUUUCCUACCGCGGUGUUCUUCUCAUUUCCUUAUUGACAAGUAUCCUGUUGAUGCGUAUGGAGAGGCCACACUGUACGAUUGCUAUUGACGGAUCCCUCUUCCAGUAUCACCCAAGAUUUAGGCCACUCAUGGAAAAGCUUAUUGCAGAAUUUGCUCCUGACAGAUCAUUUAACCUGCUACUGGUUCAUGAUGGGUCGGGGAAAGGAUCAGCUUUGGCAGCUUCCAUUGCUGAGAGACUGCAGAAAAGAUUGUGAACAAGAAAAAGUAAACGGAGAAACGGAGAGCGGCAGUGAAUCUACUUGGAGGGGGGGGCAAGGGAUACGUCAUCCAUCUCCCAUAAUGUAGGGCUUAUCCUCUGGACUUCCCAAACUACACUUGUAAAAGGAAUAACAAAACAAAACUAAUAACAAUGUGAUGGAAAAUUUCAUUUUUUUUCCAGAUCCGCCAGUGGUAUGAAAUAUCUGAUGUGAUAAGCAAUUUUUUGUUUUUUAAUUUAUAAGACAGCUAAACAGUUUACACAAGAUUACCCUUAUGUCAUUGUGCUUUACUUUGUUAUUCAGUAAAUAUUAUUCGGUAAUUAAA